UAACCGGAAGUCGUCUCCCCGCUCGCUUGUUGUGGAGGGAAGCUGUUAGCAUCGUUAGCUCCGUUAGCUCGGUGUGUUUGAGAGAGAGUUUACUGAAGUUUUUUCUUGUCAUAUAUCAUCUCCAUCAUGGCGUACCAGCUGUACAGAAACACCACUCUGGGAAACAGUCUCCAGGAGAGUCUGGACGAGCUCAUUCAGACUCAACAGAUCACUCCUCAGCUCGCUCUCCAGGUUCUCCUUCAGUUUGAUAAAGCGAUCAACACGGCGCUCGCCAACCGCGUCCGAAACAGAGUGAACUUCAGGGGUUUUCUGAACAUUUACCGGUUCUCUGUGGUUCUGUGA